AUGGGAACAGGAAAAGGUAAGAAGGAUCCAGCAUCAGCAAAGAAAGCCAGCAACAGCAGCAAGGUGGUGUUCAAGCCCGCACAGCUGCACAGAAUACUCAGAGACCAAACAAAGAUGAGAGUCUCCCACAAGGCAAUUGUGGCCAUUGCAGCCCUCCUGGAGUACAUCCUUGGAGAAAUAAUUGAAGCAGCAAAACUCAUUUGCGACGAAGAGAACAAGAGAAAGAUUGUCUCCAAGCACAUUUCACUGGCCAUCAGAAAGGACGAGGAGCUGAACAACCUUGGAAGACACUGGCUGAUAAAGGAAGGUGGUGUAUGCCCCACUGCACAGAUGGAAACAAAGUCAAAGAGUGAUAAGUCAAAGACCGCAGCCGCACAGGAGCUGUAA